CUCCCUUUGGCUUUGUUGAUUUCAGCUCAGCAUUCAACACAAUCUCCCCCAUGAAACUGAUUGGAAAAUUUAGCACUCUGGGCUUGAGUGCCACACUCUGCAACUGGACUUGGACUUCCUCGCAGACCCCGGACAGUCACACCUCCUCCACUCUAGUGCUCAACACAGGAGCCCCCCAGGGCUGUGUGCUCAGCCCCCUCCUGUUUACUCUGUACACUCAUGACUGUGAGGGGGGUGAAUUUAUUUAAGAACUCAGCGUUUAAAUUAAAGGCUUAAAAUUACGCAUAAUUAAGGACUUUGAGUUACAGGUGGGUGCCCUCUCAGGUGACUAGCAGCUAGGUGGUUCAGCAACCAGGCCUCAUUUGGCUAGCCUCAGCUCCACCUCUUUGCCCAUUUUUGGAUUAGCCGGAGUUAGGUACUGCCAAGAUGGCGACGGCCGGAGCCACCAGGAGCAGUCUAUGGGAGCCACCCACUUUGAGCUUCACAAGUUUAGACUCAUUAUUUUUUUUCCUACCAGCUUACCCCCAGCACUCCCUCUGAUUGGCUAGUACUCCUUCCUUCCGUCGGUUAGGUUGGGUUUAGGGUUAGGUAUAGCCAAUCAGAGGCAGAGUAGGGGUGGGACAUGGCGGAAAGCUCGUGGGAAAGAAAACGAACGCUUCACAACGGCUCUUCAGAAACCUAUGGGUGACGUCACGGACACUACAAUUGUGCGCAGUGACGUUUCACGUAGGCUACUAACAGAAACGGUUGUAGAGUAUCUUUGCUACUAAGCUAGAGCUUAGCUUAGCUAACGUUACCGCUAAUGCUAACAAACUGACUGAUGCGCAGACGCAGCUCAAACGGUCAGUGAUGGUAAUAUUGAGUCAUUACCACAGAUGAGAGAAAUGAGGCAAAAGACACCUGGCGCUCGUGGAGAGACUCAGACUUCAUCAGACAUUAACUUUGCCCCAGUGGGGUUCAGUCUGAACCAGAACAGUGCAGUGUGUCUCCCCCUGGUGUCUGACAGUCAGAGGCUUAUAUGGGUACACUCAAAUCAAAUCAACCUACAGAUCGAUGGUGCAGCAGAGCUGGACAAGGCUUUCGACAGGUUUCCAUAUCUGACACAGAAAGAGACAGCUGCACUGGCGCAGCGCUGCUCCCUGCACCCAGACCAGGUGAAGGUGUGGUUUAUGGUACAGAGGCUCCGCUAUGGCAUUAGCUGGGACUAUAAAGACAUCCACAAGGUUCAGAUGAAGUUCAAGUCAAGUCGGGGAAAGGUAGAGCUGCACAACAGGAUGGGGGAAGAGGUAAAAGAGGAUACAGGAGAGAAUAAUACAUGGAAAAGAGAGGUUAAAGAGUCUGGUGGGAAGAAGGCAGGAAAGGUUAGGGAGGAACUGAGUACAAAUGAGCGAAGGAUGAUGGGAGAAAAUGUGAGGGCUAAUGAGCGAUUGGAGAGAAAAUUUAAGCAGGAGCGACUGAUGAAGAAAAUAAAGGACAGAGAAGUAGAAGAAGAGGAAAACAAAAGGAAUACUCACAAAAAGCGGAAAAGGGUGACAGUGAUAGACAAGAUGGGAAAGAAGAGAAUGAAGCAAGGAGAUGAGGCUGUUGUGGAGAGAGCAGGAGAAGUAGAAAUAAGAAGCGAUAAAGUUGAGAGGGAGUCCACCAAAUCCAAAUCCACCCAGUUGGAGACAACACUUUUCACCAGAAAGGAAAUGAAGGCAAAAGCAAACAAAAGAUUACAGUCCGUCCAAGGCUGGCCUGCCGACAAGAGCUUUGUGGUGCCUGAUGAGCCGCUGGAUGCGAGUCCUCUGCUCAUCCCCCUGUCUCAAACUAAAGCCUUUGAUGGGCCUCCACUCACUGACAACAAGCCCCCAAAUAAUGGUAUGACCCCUGUGAAAAGCAGCUUUGAGGGGAAAACAGAAAUGAAGGCUAGGCUAGAGGGAGAACUGCAUGCAGAGUCAACCAACUACAAUGGUGCCGUCGCUGAUUUUGGCAAACUGAAGGAGCUCAUGGAAGUGAACAAUAAUCCUGUCGACGGUUGCACUCCGAUCCGCUGCAAUACAAAGACACACACUCAGUUGGCGAUGAUGAAGGUGGCAUUCUCGCACUGCCAGUAUCCAGACAGGGAGGAGUACAACCGACUGGUGAUGCUGAUUGGCGUCCCCCGCUACACGUUGAUUCAGUGGUUCGGUGACAUGCGCUAUUAUAUCAAGAAAGGAAGGCCACGCUGGAUGAAUCAAGAGCAGUACAGCCAGGCGCUGGCCACCAUCAAGUACCGGCAGUGCCUGAACGCACUGGCGAAGGCACAGCCAAGUGAAGGCGGCAGAAAAGCAACUUGGAAGAUGAAGCUCGAAACGAGUGAAAGCUGUAGUGCGGAUGAAAGCGUGCAGGUGCCUCCAGAGUAGAAAUGAUGCCACAGCCUGUGUUCCUGAUAUCCCACUGAGGGGAAAGAAGAUUGAUCAUCUCUUAACAUUUGAAAAGAUGCAUUAGAAGCAGUUCUAUGACUUGAAUUUGUUCGUUGUAAUAGUUUAGGGUUAAGCUGUUUGUUAUGUUGAAGUUUGAGAGAGCUUUUUUUUUUACACAGAUACAAGACAGAUUCUUGUAAAUGUGCCUCUUCUUUCAUAUGGAAUGCAUUGUUAUACUGUUAUUGUGAUUACUUAAUAUGUUUGAUAACAUGAAUGCACAGUCUUUUCAAAAGAUACUCAUUUGCAAUCUAGAUACAAUUUCACAGCGAUGAGUCCCCUUGUGCUGUGCAGACGUUUUUUAUUGUCAUUCAAGUAAAAAACAUUCAUUGCUUGUUGUUCGAACAUGACUCUUCUUAUUAGUUACAUCAAAAUAUUCAUAAACUACAAAUUAAUGAGAACUUUUACAAAAAAGAUAGCAGUGUUG